AUGUCUGAUAAAUUAGAGAAGACACGCCCAAAGAAGGAACCUGUACGACUUUACACCCGUGCAGUAUUUCUGGGUUAUAAAAGAUCGAAAGUUAACCAAGAUCAGAAAUCUAGUCUCUUGAGAUUAGAGGGUGUUAAUACACGUGAGGAGACUUCUUUCUAUCUAGGAAAGCGUGUCGCAUAUGUAUACAAGGCAAAGACUCUUAAGAAUGGAAAAAAACAUCGCGUAGUUUGGGGAAAAGUUACUAGACCUCAUGGAAACGGUGGAGUUGUAAGGGCUAAAUUUAAAAAGAACUUACCUCCAAAAGCUAUGGGACAUAGAGUCAGGGUAUUCCUGUACCCAUCAAACGUUUAA